AUGCAGCCUCGAUAUCACUGGGUGGCAUACUUUCCGGAUCGGUUCAUUGUGGUCGCUCUCUCGGCUGUUCUGACUUGGGCAUAUUCAUGGGACAAGAAAGGCCUCGAUAUCCUAGGCGAAGUCAAAUCUCCAAGCGGAACAUCCAUCCAAUUCCAGUGGCCGUUCCAGUUCCGACAUAUGAAACACAUCGACACGGCAUUGAGUACGUCCUUCUUGAUUGCGUUGCUGGGGUUCUUCGAAUCUUCUGUCGCGGCAAAAAGCAUCGGAGAAGGGGGCCAAGUUAAGCACAUGACGCUGAGCGCGAAUCGUGAAAUGAUUGCUCUGGGCACUGCGAACAUUGUCGGGGGCUGCUUCAUGGCCUUACCUGCAUUCGGUGGUUAUGGAAGGAGUAAAGUCAACGCUUCGACCGGAGGUACCACGCCAAUGAGCAGCAUUCUCCUCAGCCUCAUCACCUUGAUAUCAGUGCUGUUCAUCGUUCCCUAUUUCUACUACCUACCCAAGGGCGUUCUUUCUGCCAUGGUUUCGGUCGUCGCAUACUCUCUCAUCGAAGAAUGUCCUCAUGACAUCAAGUUUUUCCUCAAAAUUAGAGGCUGGACGGAGCUGUCACUCAUGACGAUUAUCUUUGUGGCGACGGUUUUCUAUUCUUUGACAGUCGGAAUGGCACUCGGCAUCGGCUUGUCCUUACUGGCAUUGAUCCGCCACGCAACGAAGCCCAGAAUUCAAAUUCUCGGAAAAGUGCCAGGGACGACAAACCAAUUCGAAAAUGCAGAACUUACGCCCGAGAAUAUAGAAUAUAUCGAGGGUUGUCUGAUUGUCAAGAUCCCCGAACCCCUCACCUUUGCGAACACCGGAGAAUUGAAAAACCGACUCCGGCGGCUAGAGCAAUACGGCACCAAUGCUGCUCACCCUUCCCUGCCACGAGUGCGCCACGAGGAUAACAACCGCAAUGUUAUAUUUGAUGUGCACGGCGUCACCACAAUCGACGGCUCCGGAACGCAGGUCUUUACUGAAAUCGUGGACGAUUAUGUCAGGCGUGGCAUUCGCGUCAUUUUCUGCAGAUUACCCCAGAGACGGAGUCAAGUCUACAAGCGGUUUGAAAAGAGCGGCAUUGUCGACCUGGUGGGCGGCACAAGAUACUUUGUGGGCAGUGUUGAGGAAGCACUGAGGCUGAGUGAAGCAGAAGACCUGGAAGAAUAUUUCGAAGAGAGACUGCACGGGCAUCAGCAUCAUUAG